CGGAUUUCGGCUCUAAGCCGUCGCCGUCAUUUCUACGCUAACUUUUAUUCACAAUUCUUCGAAAAGACAAGUGAUACGUGUUAGUCCGGAAAAGCCUAUUUGUUGUCCAAUUAAGUUAAAAUCCUCGAAUAAUUUCAGCUAGAUAAUGAUGGCGGAGUCGGAUGCAACGGUCGAAGCGACCAGAAGAUUAAAUGUAAAAAAACAAACUCUAGACGACGCUUAUGCGGCGCCCGCUAAUUUUUUAGAGAUCGAUGUCGUUAAUCCUGUUACUACCAUUGGAGUCGGUAAAAAGAGAUUCACAGAUUAUGAAGUUAAAAUGAGAACAAAUUUACCUGUGUUUAAAGUUAAGGAAUCGAGUGUUAGGAGGCGAUACAGCGACUUUGAAUGGCUAAGAAACGAAUUGGAAAGGGAUAGCAAAAUUGUGGUGCCGCCAUUGCCUGGAAAAGCCUGGAAAAGGCAGUUGCCAUUCAGAAACGAUGAUGGCAUAUUCGAGGAAGAUUUUAUCGAAGACAGAAGGAAAGGUUUAGAAGUAUUUAUUAAUAAAAUUGCUGGACAUCCUUUGGCUCAAAACGAAAGAUGUUUGCAUAUGUUUUUACAAGAGCCUCAAAUCGACAGAAACUACGUGCCCGGAAAAAUUCGCAAUACAUAAGUAAUAAACGCCUAGCUAUGUUAUUCCAUCCUUUUCGUUUAUUUUUUAAUCUGUGUGCAUUACGUUUCAUAGAUGUUAGGUUUUGAAUAUAUUUGUAUAUUUUUCUAAGUAAGACUAUUACUAGGUUUUUGAUGGUUAAAUGUAUAGUUUGUUUAGCUUACAUUUUUUACUUACUAAUAGUUUUAAAGAUUAUUGAUAUUCAGUAGAUAUUACAUAUGAACACUGAUUGUCUUAAGUAAAAAAUGAUACGUUAAAUGAUGAGUCUGUUAAGAACACUAUUAUGAACUGAAUUUAUUCAGGUGUAAAAAAAACACUUGGGAAAUUGAUUAUUCCAUGCUUUAAUUUUUUUUGUAUAAAAAAAUCGGUACUAUUAUUGUAUUUAUAGUUAUAUAGUUGUAUUUAAUCAAAUACAUUUAUUUCUAAUAAAUCUGUUUGGUCCACUACUGAGUCGUCUUGGCGCCAGCUCUUUUGUCCUUUUAAGGCAAUUAUUUCUUGCCAAGUUUUCUUUAGAGUUCUAGAAAAUGUAACAAACGUUAUUGUUAAAUACCAUUAGAAUAUGUUAAAAGUGCAGGGUACUGAAAAUGCAUUAGAUAACUCUAAUGUUAAGAAUUGCAUUUUGUACCUAAUGAAAUUAUAUAAAGACUUGUUAAACAGACGAUCUAAAGCAGUAAAAUCGGAAAUUAUUGCUAUGCAAUUACAAAAAUUUAAACAGAAUUCACUAGAGAGCUUCAGCUUUCGUUUCGGAUUUUACUCUGAUGUAGUGAGAUCAGAUUGUAUUUUACAAAUAAAAAAUUCAUUAUUAUCUCUUAU